AUGGUUACAAGACAUAGAGUAACCGUGCUGUAUAAUGCUCCUGAAGAUAUUGGUAGUCACAUGAGUCAGAAUGAUACUCAUCUGACAGUGCAAGGUGGUCCUGGUGUUGUUUUACAGCAAAGGUGGCUAUUAGAAAGGACGGGAAAUGUCGAUGAGUCCUUCAAAAAAAUCACCUGGAGACCCAGAGCGGAUCUGACCAGAGAUUUGACUGUUAUUGAAAAUGAACUGAGUGUUGGGUUUUCAGUUUACUCGAACUCGACGGAGGUGCCAGAAAGAUUUAUCAGUAAUCCAAUGUACAAGUCAUUUCACGGUGAAGAAUUUGAUAUAAAACAGCAUUUACCUUUCGAAAUAAAUUUAGAUCUAGUAUGGAAUCCAAAAGAUUUCACGUAUGACAUUACAGUGGAGCCUUCUCAAAUUCAAAUUAUCGAGUAUCGUCCGUUGAAACAAGGUAAAGAAUUUACAAUUGGUAAAUUGAAAGAUGAAAAACUAGAGAUGGGUGUUUUCUUUGUAGAUUCCAGUGAUGAGAAUGACGUUGAUAUUGGCGGAAUACGUUGUAAUUGGGGGUUGGAUGACAGCAAGAUGGAAAGAUGUCAGAAAACGUCUUUAUUGUACAAGCCAGGCCAUAUUGCCUAUAACCACUCGAUACAAACGACAUCGGUAUUCUUGGAACAACCAAUUGGGUUGCAUCCGAAAGUAAAGGUUGAUCUCACAAGUCUCGAAGAGCGCUCACAAUGUAUGUACCUAAUGCACUUGCAAUUACCAUUAGAAUUGUUUGUCGAUAAAUUCCAAUCAUCACCUCUAUUACUUUUUGGUGAACAUGACUUGGAAUUGCCAGAAUACUCUCUUCGAAAUCAAGCAUGGGGAUCAGAGAGUAUAUUUGAAUUAAAGGCUGGCAUCAUAAACGAAAUAACGUUGCACUCUAGAUACAUCGAACCGUCCGAUGGCAAUGAGGAGAAAUUUGAAGUAUUAUUCGAUCCAGAAAUUAUACUAGCUUGCGAUACAGGUGACAAUAAGGUUUCUCAUAACCCAUUCUAUAAGAAGGGCCUCGGGUAUGAAUCUCUAUUCACAGACGAUACUUCAUUCCGUCAUUUGAACACGACUACGCUUUCUGUGCCAAUUCCAAGACCUGAUACAAAUGAUUACUCCAAGAUAAAAUAUAUAACCUUACUGUGCUUGAUCAUUUCCUUCAUAUAUCUUUUCUCUAAGGCAUUUGGUAAAAAUAAGAAAAAAGCGUCAGUAAAACAGGAAUAA